UUAGCCCGUGGCGCGCCUGUCUCCUCGUGUGAGGGAGCUCGCCAGAAAAGAGUAGCUGACAGUCUGACACCCGCAAGCCGCAAAGCGCAGCCUCGCUACAGGAAUGCUGAGAAAUGUCUGACCUUGCCGGAAAGCGCAACCUGCGCGGCGGCCGCAACUGCCACCGGAAGCACGUCGAGGACGGGUAGGUCCAUCAGCCUCAUCGCCGGAUUUUCAGGUAAAUUCAGGUCAGGUUCAGGUCAACUCUUCUGUGUCCAAGAAUUCAACAUCGAAGAAAGGAAGGAGGUGGCCAGCAAUGGAGGAUGCGGUGGCGGCGGACGGGAAGAGCGUGCUGCAGGGGCGGUACGAGCUGGGGCGGGUGCUGGGGCACGGCAACUUCGGGCGGGUGCACGCGGCGCGGGACCUGCGCACGGGCCGCGGCGUCGCGGUCAAGGUGGUGGCCAAGGACAAGCUGGAGCGCGCGGGCAUGGCGGAGCAGAUCAAGCGCGAGAUCGCCGCCAUGAAGAUGGUGUCCCACCCCAACAUCGUGGAGCUGCACGAGGUGAUGGCCACCCGCUCCAAGAUCUACCUCGCCCUCGAGCUCGUCCGCGGCGGGGAGCUCUUCUCCCGCAUCGCGCGCGCGGGGCGCGUCCGGGAGGACGUCGCGCGCCGUUACUUCCGCCAGCUCGUCUCCGCGGUCCACUUCUGCCAUGGCCGCGGGGUGUACCACCGGGACCUCAAGCUCGAGAACCUGCUCCUCGACGAGGCAGGCAACCUCAAAGUGGCGGACUUCGGGCUCAGCGCGCUCGCCGGCCACGCACGCUCCGACGGGCUGCUCCACACCGCCUGCGGCACGCCAUCGUACGUCGCCCCCGAGGUGCUCGGCGGGAAGGGCUACGACGGCGCCAAGGCGGACCUCUGGUCCUGCGGCGUCAUCCUCUACGUGCUCCUCGUCGGCAGAUUGCCGUUCCACGAGGACAACCUCAUGGUCAUGUACCGGAAGAUGCAGCGCGGCGAGUUCCUCUGCCCGCCGUGGGUCUCAGCGGACGCCCGGAAGCUCAUCGGCGACCUGCUCGACCCAAACCCGAGCACGCGCAUCACCGUCGCUCGCCUCGUCGAGACGCCGUGGUACCAGAAGCCGUUGCCCGUCCUGCCGCCCCUCAACGUCAAGGAGCCCGCACCCGGGGCCGGGGCAACCCCGGACGCUCGCCGUGCCAGCGCCGACGACAAGGAAGAGCCCGAGGUGCUGAACGCGUUCCACCUCAUCUCUCUCUCGGAGGGCUUCGACCUGUCCCCGCUCUUCGACCAUGGCCGCGGCGUAGGGAGGUGCAGCGCGGGCGGCGUCCGUUUCGCGACGCGUGAGGCCGCCAGCAGCGUGGUCUCCCGUCUGGAGUCGUUGGUCACCACCGGCCGCGGAGCCAACAUGCGCGUGACGAGGAGCGGCUCGCGGGGCGUGCGUCUGGCAGUGGCCGCGGAGAUCUUCAGCGUGGCGCCGUCGGCGGUGCUCCUGGUGGACGUUAAUAAGGACGGUGGCGACACGAUGGAGUACCAGUCGUUCUGUAGCGAGGAGCUCCGGCCGGCGCUCAAGGACGUCGUCUGGGCCUCCGGCGAGGACACUCCGGGAGCCGCUUGAUGUCGUCGCUGUCGUUCCUGCCACCAUUAUUGUCCUUGCCCAUCCAUCGCUGUUGCCUGUUGGUGUCCGUGUAGGGAGGCGUGCAUUAUUGUUUGGUGCCGAAGUGAUGUUUGCUUGUCGUUUGCCACUCGUAGUUGAUGGUUUCUCUGCCUGGUGUACCUGCUGCUGGCAGUCGGCGUUGGCGCGCGCGGGCAAACAGAAUCGGCGGGAACCAGAACUCGUAUCCUGAGCGCCCAUACCAAUACCAUGUCAGCUCUGAAAGCGUGUGAGUGUGAACUGUGAAGUCCGAACUGAAGAACUGUGAAGUAGUGCGAAUGUACCACGGUAUCUGAUGUGCUUUGGAUUCACUUGUGUAUAGUUUAUUGGACCGACUUGUAUUAAAAUUCAGGGCAUCUACGCCUCAA